AGAUGAUUCCUCAAUAACUGAUCAGCUUGUAAAGGAGCCGAGUCAGCCGACCUCUUCACACGUCGUCUUACCAGCCUCUCAUGAGGAAAUCCUGGCAGGAAUUUCAAAUACUACUGAUGAGAAGCCAGUAGACAGAAUGUCAUCUAUAAGAGGAUACAAAACCCCUGUUAGUAGAGGUAAGGAAGUAAAGCACACUGAUUCAAAACCCAUCUCCACUGCACUUCACCUAUCCAAAGAACUUAAGCUUGAAGAGGAAAAGAGUGAAAAUGUAACAGGAGAUACUACAAUUAAAGAUGAUAUGGAGUCAUCUGUAGAGGACAAGGAAUCGUCAGUAUUGACAACCAGUGAAGGAGCAAAUGAGCAGCCAAGCUGUGAGGACAUGUGUUCUAGUGUGAAGACUUCAGGUUCUGGCUCUUUGACUGUGGACUCUGAGGAAACUGUGGCAGAAACUCCAGGUGUUUCUCGCAUGGUGUUAAAUGAUGUCUUUGUUCUUGUCUCAGAUGAGAUAGAAGAUGACUUAAGCAAUAACUUGAGAGUAUCUCUAGAAAGCAGUCCACAAAGAGUCGGUCUUCCAAUGAAGUCUGAUGCUCACUUUCAAAAGGAAUUAAAAACCGAAGAUGUGUCCCAAACAUUGAUUGAAGAGUCGACACAGAAUCAGUCACCAUUAGUGGCAGUUAAAACACCUGUCAGAACGAGAGCACCAGGCAAGAGUCAGCCAACCUCUCCACAAGCCACACCAUCAUCACAGCGAACUACCCUACCUCAGAAUGAGAACAUGGUGCUACUUGAAGACAAGUUACUGAGAAGGCAUCACAUCAUGCCAUGCACUAUUAGACUUUCAAGUAUUGACACUGUAGCCCAGAGUCUCAAUGCUCCUCAGCUUGGAGAUAGGAAGAGCAACGUUGAGUCAACAGUGAUGAGCUCACCAGCAUGCCAUGCAAGUGUAAAGACUCUAUCAGAGGAGUUGAGGACACCAUCACUAUUUGAGGAGAUGGGAUUGGAAGAACCAGAUUUAGAAAAGAAAUCCCCUACAAGAAAGAAAGGCAAGAAAAAUGAAUCCUCGCUAGGUACAAAGCGUGGUUGUUUAAAUCCAGUUCAAACCGUUUCACAAACUCGGCAGCUAACCAUAACAGACUGGACAAAGAAAAAGUCACAUCAGACUGCGACAAACCAGGAAGAACAAGAACCCGUGAAGUCUUCCCAAAUGCAGUCAAGCUUAAAAGCCAAAGAAUUGCACGAACUCAUGGUUGAGAAGACAGGUUCAAAACCGCAACAUACAGAUUCAGAGGAACCUGAGGGUUCUCACUUAGUACCUGCCUCGGAGGAGACUGAAGAAGAGACCAGCGUCUCUAAAGAGGUGAAAAUGUCAUCAGAAGUGGUCAAGGGAUCAACUGAAGACCCAUCUGUAUCACAGGUGAAGAAAUCACCUGUUAGACGGCGAGCCAAACUACAGGUGAAACCUAUACUGUCAAAAAGGGCAUGUACCAAAAGUCAAGGUAAUACUUCGACAACCGAUCAGCCACAGCCAACACGGUUCACCUCACCAAUACGCCAGCAUGGCCGAACAGCUAGAGAGAAGGAAGAGUCCGACAACAAAACUGAGCAACCUGUAAAAGCGGUUUCUAAUAUGUCCAGUAUGGAAGCAAACUCGAAGAGCACAGAAAGCUCGUCGAUAACAAGUGGUCCCCAGUCUCCCAAGUCCCAAGACACUUGGCCAAGGGUUUUUCUGCCACGUGUAAAGUUAUGGACUGGAGAAGCAGCUGUCUGCUCAGCCUCAUCCAUGCCUACAUCCUCUCCAGCCAGGGUCUCACAAAGCGCAUCUCCACCAGUGACUCCUCCACAGCUGAAGAAAUCUCCUACACAAAGCAGCUCCCCCACAGCCAGUGAGAAUCCUGAUGAUGAUGACCCGUCCAGAGUAUCCCAGUUCUUCAUCGGUAAUAUCUUCACGGAUGUAGAGGAUACAGAAUGAGUGAUCUACUUAACCAGAGAUUCUUAGCUAUCUUGCCAGUGCUGCUAUAUAAUUUGAUACCUCUGAAGAAGAGUUACCAAAGCAAGCUUUUAAAUCAAGCUGGUUUAUCUUAACACUCAUGUAAUGUUCUCAUUUAGCUCUAAAAGUGCUGCAACACAAUGUUUUGAGACAUUAUACUUGUUGUAGAAUUUGUUGUUUUGUUCAAGCAAAUGUAGCUGAUGUUUACUUCAGGGCAAUUUGCCAAAUUAAAAAAAAAGUUUUAUUUAUUUUACAUUUUAUUCUGAAUUACUUGAAUUUUGUUUCCUUCACGUUGCGAGUGCCUACCUCAGUAACAAAUUAUAUCCUACUUACUCAGCGCACUGCACUAGGCAAUAUAAUUUAUGAUGAUGAGAUAAAUACAUAUCGUGCAUCUUUUCUGGAAGUGGAUUAUUUACUGCCUUGUUUAUUAUUUAGAAUUAAACAUAUGGAUGUCUGUGUGUGUGAUU